CAAAUUAGAAUUAGGGUUUAUUGCUUCUUUUUGUCAAACCAAAACAUGUCUCACAUCGCUGUGGAGAGAAACAGAAGAAGACAGAUGAAUGACCACCUCAAGGUUUUGCGUUCUUUAACCCCGUGUUUCUACAUCAAAAGGGGGGACCAAGCAUCGAUAAUAGGUGGUGUGAUAGAAUUUAUCAAGGAGCUGCAUCAAGUUCUGCAAGCUUUGGAGUCGAAGAAACAAAGGAAGAGUUUAAGCCCUAGCCCUGGUCCUAGUCCAAGACCACUAGUGCAAACUCCUCAAUCGGGUGAUCAUGUUCAUACCCCUUUUGGAAUUGAGAAUUUUAAGGAACUAGGAGCAUGCUGCAACUCUUCUGUUGCAGAUGUGGAAGCAAAGAUCUCAGGAUCCAACGUCAUGCUCAAAGUAAUAGCGAGGAGAAUACCGGGUCAAAUUGUGAAGAUAGUCAGUGUAUUGGAGAAACUUUCAUUUGAGGUUCUUCAUCUCAACAUCAGUAGCAUGGAGGACACUGUUCUAUACUCCUUUGUCAUCAAGAUAGGGUUGGAAUGUCAGCUGAGCUUGGAGGAACUGGCACUUGAAGUUCAACAAAGCUUCUUUCCCAAUGUUGUUUACACCCACGAGAUAUAAUAGUUUGCUUUUUAUGCAUGCCUGCUAAUAUAUAAAUA